AUGUCCAACAGCAGCUCCAUCAGGCACUUCCUCCUGCUGGCAUUGGCAGACAUGCGGCAGCUGCAGCUCCUGCACUUCUGCCUCUUGCUGGGCAUCUCCCUGGCUGCCCUCCUGGGCAACGGCCUCAUCAUCACCGCCGUAGCCUGCGGCCACCACUUGCACACGCCCAUGUUCUUCUUGCUGCUCAACCUGGCUCUCGCUGACCUGGGCUGCAUCUGCACCACUGUCCCCAAAGCCAUGCACAAUUCCCUCUGGGACACCAGGGACAUCUCUUAUACAGGAUGUGCUGCACAGCUCUUUUUCUUUGUGUUCUUCAUUGGAACAGAGUUUUCUCUCCUGACUGUCAUGUGCUACGACCGCUAUGUGUCCAUCUGCAAACCCCUGCACUACAGGACCCUCCUAGGCAGCAGAGCUUGUGCCCACAUGGCAGCAGCUGCCUGGGCCAGUGGCUUUCUCACUGCUCUCAUGCACACAGCCAGUACAUUUUCCCUGCCCCUGUGCCAUGGUAAUGCCCUAGGCCAGUUCUUCUGUGAAAUCCCACAGAUCCUCAAGCUCUCCUGCUUCAAUUUGUACCUCAGAGAACUUGGAUUUCUAGUGUUUUCCAUCUCCUUAGGACUGGGAUGUUCUGUGCUCAUUGUAUUUUCCUAUGUGCAGAUCUUCAAGGCUGUGCUGAGGAUCCCCUCUGAGCAGGGAUGGCACAAAGCCUUUUCCACCUGCCUCCCUCACCUGGCCGUGGUCUCCCUGUUCCUCAGCACUAUCAUAUUUUCCUAUCUGAAGCCCCCAUCCAUGUCCUCCCCAUCCCUCAAUCUGGUUCUUUCAGUUUCGUACUCGGUGGUGCCUCCAGCCCUGAACCCCCUCAUCUACAGCCUGAGGAACCAGGAGCUCAAGGCUGCAGUUUGGAGAUUGAUGACUGCAUGCUUUCAGGGACAGAGGAUCCUUGUGCUCAAGGAGUUCUCAGCAGACGGCCUGCACCCCGAGAGGAGUCUGGGCCUUCCCUUGGGUGGCAUUCAGUGUGCAAACCCGCACAGUGCUGCCAAAAUGAUCGGGCAGGUCUGUGCCUCGGUUUGCACGGUCUUUUCUCUUGUCUAUUCGGGCUACUACCUGACCCAGCUGACUCAGUAUUUGCCGUGCAACCUGCAGCGGUUGCCUUCCCUCCCCGAGAGAGUGCACGGCAGCGGAGGCUCAACAGCAGGGUCAGCAGCUCCUCUGCCUGGCUCUGUCAUUGAGGAAGAGGCUGAAGAGGAGCAAAGGAACAUCAAGCCUCCAGCUGCUGUCCCUCCACAGCCUGAAUGUGCAGAGCCACUCAACACAGGCUCUGCAAUUCAACCUGGUGCCACCGGAGCAGCGUGGCCUGCAGCAGCUAGCUCGCCCCCGCUGCUGGUAGCAUUGAGCCCUGCCUGGCCCAGGAGACAGCAGAGAUGCAUCCUUGUGCACAGUAGGAUCCAGGAGCCAGCAAGUAGCACCGGCACGAGUCUUGUGGCGCUGGAAGAAAACCCCGGAGCGUUUCCCUGCGGCUGUGGCACGGAGGAGAGAGCGCAGCUGGAGAGAUGCUUCCGCUGGUCCCUGUGA